CGGCGGUAACAGCCCAUCUCUUUAGUGUGAAGCCUGACGGAAACCCCAUAUGUACAGAGGGGUAGAGGGAAGAAGGGACUCGAUUUCGCUAGGGAAAUGGCCGGCCAAGAGCCUGUGAAGCAGCUUGAAGACUGCUCUGUUUCGAAUGCACUGGGAACAUGGGUAUUCUCUGUGGCUGGGGCAUUGCUUGCAAUUCCAGUAGGGAUACGACGGAAGUCUCUGGCACCCCUGGUAUUUUUUGGCACAACUGGUACCAUGCUUGAUAUUAUCAUGGGAAUCAGCCAAUGUGAAAGGGAACAUGCAGAACGCCAAAUGAAGCUUCUGGAAGCUGAAAAUGUUGCAACUGAAGGUUCUUUAGUACAGUCAGUGAGUGAGUCAUGAUAAGUUUGGUCUCUUACAUUCCGUGUUCUAGUGUGACUGCUCUGGUUAACUUCCUUGCCAUGUGUAUCUAAGUUUGUGAAUUAACUUUGUUCAACUAGUUCUACUCAGAUUACUUAGUGCUUUAAAAUCUCCCCUUUCGAUUUUUAUGGUCA